AAAAAUGCACUGAAACGCAUUAAUCGCACCUGUGUUUCAUACAAAUCACGUAAUAGUGAACGGUGUAAAAAAACGAAGCCAUAUAAUGUGUACUCUACAGGCCGAAGAGACACAUUUGGCUGCAAUGGCCUACGCUAAUACCAAUAGAGAUGAAGUCACACUGUCACUCUUCGACAUAAGCUGGGAGGACGUUUUGAUCCCUCACGUUGCUGUGCACCUUACACUUAAGGAUCUGUUCAAUCUACGGAGCUCUUCACGCACCGCUCUCCGUUUUGUAGAAUCUGCACUAGAGAAACGUCAAGAGCUACAUCUCUCUGGUAACAGUACAAAGAAUAUAGAAUUGGCAUUCAAGGUGAUGGCCCGAUGCUGUCGACGAGUGGAAAGCCUUCAGCUUGCCUGUUGCAAGUGGCUGACGGACGAGUUAUUGCUGCCGCUAUUGGCCUACAACAAGCAGCUGCGUGUCGUAAAUCUGAACGAGUGCGUGAACAUAACGCCUCUCGCUCUGCAGCCCAUCAUCAUUGAGUGCAAGGAGCUGCGCGUCCUUAAGCUUUCAAAAUGCCAAUGGUUAACUACUGGAGCCGUCGACGCGCUGACACUGCACCAGAGCAAGUUGGUGGAAUUUGAUAUUUCGCAUUGCGGCGCCAUCGGUGAACGCUGUCUCAUAAUCUUCUUUCGCAAGCUGAACAGACUGCAGGUCCUUUCGCUGGCCCAAACCCCAAGUGUGACGGACCAGGUGCUUAUACAGAUUGGUAAUUUCUGCCGAGAAUUGCAGCACAUAAAUCUAAUUGGUUGUGGCGCAAUCUCCGACUACGGUAUACACUCGCUGACAAGAACUCUCCCGCGCCUCCAAUCCCUGAUGGUACAGCGCUGUCCGUUAGUUACUGAACGCGUAUUGGGUCCUCUCCGAGGGCGUUUGCACAUUGACAAGCCAAGCAUGGGCUACAACUUGCAUAACAUUGAGCAUUGCCUGUACCUGCAGGUGUAAUGAGAGAACCGAAGGUCUGUCGCUGGAAACGAAAGCAAAAAGGCUACAACGAGAAACGCUUUUCUUUUUUGUUUUGUAAAUAUUAUAUUUACUUCCGCGCUUAUGCAGCCACACUGGACGCUACAUUCAUAAAUACCCCGUUAGGCUUACACUUACAAAUUGUUAACAUUAUUUCUAGGCGCUCUAAUAAUACACAAUACAAAUAAAAAUAUACUCUCGAUUAAAAA